GAAUGUGAUCCUCAGAUUUGUAUGUAUAACCCUCUUUUUACACCUUGCCUCAUGUGACCCUAUUGACUCUAAGGAUGGCAGUGUGGGUCGACGACAAUCAGCACCACUGUCAAAGUGACAACCCCACUAUAGGUGAUGCUCGGAUGGACAGUCCUGGAUUCUGUGCACAGUAUUGCACAUAUUCAACAAUGGAAAAUGAAACUAAACAUAUAAUCAGUAUGGUCAACAUCGACAAGAGGGAGACCAUGAGGAACUCUGUUGUAAUGGAGAAAGAGGCCUUUCAACAGACCUUCGAGGCACUCCGUCAAGAAAUAAACUUGACUGAAAUUUGUACCAAUGCUCAUUCUCAAAUAUCAGCUCUCUUCAACAAAGGGAAAUACAGAGACAGCGGAGUCCACCACACUCUGGACGUCUGGCAUGGGUCCAAAAACUUGAGCAAAAAAAUUCAUGCAGCAGGGCAGCAAAAGGGGUGUGCCAUUCUCCAGAUGUGGAAUAAAGACAUCUGCAACCACUUCUGGUACUGCUGUAAGACGGCCGAUACCUAUGAAGAGUUUAUUGACAUGUGUGUGGGAGUCCUGCACCAUGUCACAGGAGAACACACGUGGGCUCUUGGUGAGUGUAAACAUGGCCCCUUGCUGGACGACAGAGAUAAAGAAUUGAUUGAGAGUGGUUCAGUGGCACAUGAGAGGCUGGCUGAAAUUAUUCUCGAUGAACGCUGGCUGAAGGUCGUCCCCAAGUAUCUGAAUUUCAGGUCAACUGCAGAUUUGGAGUCGUUUCACAACCACAUACUGAUGUAUGCCAGCAAGCGCUUCAGCUUUUCCCCACCAGUUUAUGCUGCUUGUACCAUGCUGGCUGGCCUCGAUUACAACCAUCAUCUCCAUAGACCAGCCAGGAGAAAAGCUGAUGGCACAAUUCAGUCAAUCGCUGCCGAAACAAUGAAUAAUCUCCACAGGACCAUAGCUGAUGUGAUGCUACGUCCCAAGUCUGACCCAUCUACCAGUCAAGAUACCUCUGGAAACCCAAUGUCUUAUGUGUUAUUGUUGAUUGUGCUAAUGUUUUUUAUAUUUGUGAUUAUAGUUUCUAGCUUUAGUAAUACAGAAAUAAAAAAGUGA